AUCAAGAAAAGUCAUCGCAGUGAAAUCAGCAAAAAUGGAUUCAGUCACAGCUCUAUACAAAGACCUUAAAACCGAAUGGGAUAAAUCCGCACCAAAUUUAAGAAAAUGCGGCUCAUUAUUGGAUCAAUUGAAGGUUGCGCUGACUAAGCUAGUUUUUCUACCAACUGGUGAAUCGGGGGUAUCGAAGAAGGAAUUGUUGGUUGCACGAGAUGUUCUUGAAAUUGCUGUUCAAUUUAGUGUGGCCACUAAAGAUGUGACAGCCUUCGAACGCUAUAUGGCUCAGCUAAAAUGCUAUUAUUUUGAUUACAAGACUGAGAUUGGUGAAUCGGCGAACAAGUAUCAAUUGCUUGGUUUGAAUCUACUGUUCCUUUUGUCUCAGAAUCGAGUGUCCGAAUUUCACACCGAAUUGGAAUUGCUGCCGCAAGAGAUCAUCCAAACAAACGAAUUUAUUCGUCACCCAUUGGCAAUGGAACAGUAUUUCAUGGAAGGGAGCUACAACAAAAUUUUCAGAGCCAAGGGUCAAGUUCCAUCACAAAGCUACAACGUUUUCAUGGACCUUCUGGUGGAUACAGUACGUGACGAAAUUGGUGCUUGCUUGGAAAGCUCAUACGAUAAGAUUUCAACGAAAGAGUUGCAAAAACGCCUAAAUUUCAAGAAUGAAAAGGAAGUGAUCUCGUUUGGCAAGAAACGGAACUGGGUUUUGGGUGCUGGCAACGUUUAUUCAUUUGCUAGCCUAACGCAUAAGCCAAAGGAGCCGCUACCAUCAGUUGAAUUGGUCGAACAAGCCAUUUUCUAUGCCCGUGAAUUGGAAAUGAUUGUUUAGUUUAGGUUUAUUCAUAUAUUUUCUUAUUGCAAAGCAUCAACUAAUUGAAAGAAAAAAAAACAUUAACAAAACAAAUCAGCAUUGGAAUUAAUAAGCGAAAUAAAGAAAUAACACAAAUUUGAGCAUG